AGCAUUCGAGAAGGAUUAGAAAGCAAAUUUUAUUAGAGAAAUGUUGUUUGAUACGAAUGCUGACGAGCUGUAUUGAAUAAGCGGUAAACACGUUUAUACGCCCACUAAGCCGGUGUCACAUUUUUAUAGAAAGAUGGCCAAGAUAGACAAACAAGCGAUUCGUGACGCUUAUGAAGAGGUCCGAAACGAUGGCACUGAUACUAAUUGGGCCGUAAUGAAGUAUGAUGGGUCAGAUAUUGUAUUGAGCGCCACUGGGUCUAGUUUUGAAGAUUUUGCGUCCAAUUUUAGCGAUGACGACCGAGUAUAUGCUUUCCUACGUGUGGUAGCAGGUGAUGAACUUAGCAAAAGGGCAAAAUUUGCCUUAAUUGUAUGGCUGGGUAAAAAUGUGUCUGGAAUAAAAAGAGCGAGAAUGGGUCCUGACAAGUCAGUAGUCAAAGAAGUUAUACGUAGUUACGCCGUAGAACUAAUGAUUAACGAGAAAUCAGAACUAAAUGAAGACUUGAUUAGAAAAGAAAUAAUGAAGGCUGGUGGUGCUAAUUAUGGAACAGGAACUCGUGAUUGACAUCUCAGGACUCUAGUUUCAACAGACGAAAAGAACAGGAAGAAAAUGGAUGGUGUAUUCAGCCUGUCUCAUAUUUUAAUGAUAUUUAUAUACACCUGUAUACCGUUUUUACUUUAUUUUAAGGGACAGAACAAGUGAUAUUCUUUUUAUUUAGAACCAACUAGAUAUUUCUUACUAGUGUCAACGAAAUUAAUCGUUUGAUCGAUCUUAUUGGACAAUAUACAUGUUUACAUUUUCAGUAUUUUUUUACUGAUGUUUUGAAGGACAAAUAAAAGUUACAUGUACAUGA